UUGAGAGUAUAUAGAGGGAAAUGGGGAGCUAUAAGAUGUUUUUCUGCUUUACGAGGAAGUUCAGGAAUAGCGAGGCAGGGCCUCCAGCGGACGUGAGAAAUGCUUUCAAGAAAUACUCCGAAAGGGGGAAUUAUAUGACAGCUGAGCUGCUUCGUCGUUUUUUGGUUGAGGUUCAAGGUGAUGUUAAUGCGACAAUCGCUGAUGCAGAGAAUAUCAUUCAGCAAGUUGUUCAGCUACGACGUAGCAUAACAAGAUACACGAGGCUUACUCUCAAUCUUGACGAUUUCUUCCAUUUCCUUUUCUCUGAUGAUCUCAAUGCACCCAUUAAAAAUGAGGUUAAUCAAGAUAUGACUGCUCCAGUGUCCCAUUAUUUCAUCUAUACAGGCCACAACUCUUAUCUGACUGGGAACCAACUUAGUAGUGAUUGCAGCGAUGUUCCAAUAAUAAAGGCACUGAAGAGAGGUGUAAGAGUAAUUGAGCUGGACAUAUGGCCAAAUUCUAAGAAAGAUGAUGUGCUUGUCCUUCAUGGAGGGACCCUGACUACCCCCGUGUCACUCAUCCAAUGCUUGAGGUCCAUUAAAGAGCAUGCCUUUUCUACAUCGCCAUACCCCGUCAUUAUAACACUUGAAGACCACCUUACUCCAGAUCUUCAGGCUAAAGUAGCUGAGAUGGUCACUCAAACAUUUGGAGAAAUGUUGUUCUACCCUGAGUCGGAUUUUUUAGUGGAAUUCCCCUCACCAGAAGUAUUGAAAUAUCGGAUUAUUCUUUCAACCAAACCACCAAAAGAAUACCUUGAAACACAGACAUUCCAGGACAAAGGAAGUAACUCACAAAAAGUAACGGAUUUGUCCGAUGAUGAUUCAGAGGAGCAGGAGGUCUCAGACCCAAUGGGUGAAUUUGAAUCUGCAGAUGAUAAGAGUGACUGUGAUCCUCAAGAUGAUGAAGAUAUGGAUGACAGUUUUCGUUAUUCACGCCGGAUAGGAGCACCUCAAUACAAGAGUCUAAUUACUAUUCCUGCCGGGAAACCUAAGGGGGGUUUGAAAAUGGCACUAAUUGUGGAGCCUGAUAAAGUUAGACGUCUUAGUUUGAGUGAACUAGAACUUGAAAAUGUUACAGUAUCUCGUGGAACUGAAGUUGUGAGGUUCACCCAGAAGAAUAUUCUGAGGGUAUACCCAAAGGGUACUCGUGUUGACUCCUCAAAUUACAAGCCUCUGAUAGGAUGGAUGCAUGGAGCUCAAAUGGUCGCAUUUAAUAUGCAGGGAUAUGGAAAAUCACUCUGGUUGAUGCAUGGUAUGUUCAGAUCCAAUGGAGGGUGUGGUUAUGUUAAAAAACCUGAUUUUCUGAUGAGGGCUGACCCUCAUAGCGAUGUUUUUGAUCCCAAAGCAAAGUUGCCAGUUAAGAAAACUUUGAAGGUGAGAGUCUACAUGGGGGAUGGAUGGCGUUUGGAAUUCAGUCCAACACAUUUCGAUACAUACUCCCCUCCAGAUUUCUAUACAAGGGUUGGGAUAGCAGGAGUGCCAGCAGAUUCCAAGAUGAAGGAAACAAAGACAAAAGAGGAUGACUGGAACCCUGUUUGGGAAGAAGAAUUUACUUUCCCACUGACAGUACCAGAACUGGCUUUGCUUCGAAUUGAAGUAUACGAGUAUGACAUGAAUGAAAGAGAUGACUUUGGUGGACAGACAUGUUUUCCAGUUUCAGAGCUGAGGCCAGGUAUCCGAGCAGUUCCACUAUUUAACCGCAAGGGUGAGAAGUACAAGUCUGUAAAGCUUCUUAUGAUGUUUGAAUUUGUUUGAGUUUGGUUUUUUCCCCCCUUUUGUGUACAGUUGGUUGUAUUUUUUCCCAUAUAUUUUU